UGAUCUCUUGCAGUUUCAGACUCGCAGUCAACCGUGAAGUUUGUCUACGAACUCGAGCAAUCCCGGAUAUGCGAUCAUGAGAUCAGGAUACGAGGAGGCUCAUCGUUCUUUAUUAUUGGAUAGUGCAUUUUAAUUCAGUGCCAUUUUCGAUCAGUUUUAGGAAUUAGAGGAACAUGAUAACAUAUUGUUAUAGAUCAUUAUAUGAUGGUUAAGACUAUUUCACUUUAUUCAAGUUGAGUAUUGAAUAUCAAGAUAAGUUGAAGAUAAUGCAUCACUUGGUACGCAAAUGAUUACUUCUAAUGUUACAAUGAAUCAUGAUAUAUAAUAUUAUUGACAUACUAGAGAUGUUUUUGGGAUGCCUGUAAAUUAGGAAAUUAAUUCAUCGCAAUACCGCAAACUGGUGAACAUCACGCACAAGUACUUUUCGGAACCACAGAGUAUUCCACGAUAAUUGUGAAGCCAUUCGUGAACAUUCGCAGCAAUAACUGUAAUUACGUAAAAUAUCGUAUUUAAGACCAUUAGACUAAAUUGGUAAAUAAGAUAUAAACCACAACUAUACGGAGGCAUGUGUUUAUUUUAUGCAGAUCAAGUGCGUGGAAGUCGCGUACAAAGUCACAUAAAAUACAUGAAUAAUUAAAUUAUACAACCUGUCGUCUGUGUAAAUAAAUCAGUGGUUACUACAUGAAUUGUUACUCAAUUCAGAAUCAAAAUCAUGAUCUAUCAAGCUCCUGCCAUGUCUUCAAUUAAAAAAUCAUCACGUAUUUUACCACGAAAUUUGCAACAAAAUAUAUCCAAUUCUUCGACUUUUGGAGUAAAAGAUAAAUACGGAGCAGAAGCAUCAUCUGAACAAUUACCAGAAAAAUGUAAACUUCGAUGGAGUAGAGAACAUGUGAAAGAGGGUCUGGUUCAUGUUGAAGAAUCUCAGUUUUCAGGAGUCAUCAAAUCAGAACCAAUCUCUGUGCAUUACGAAAUUGAUCCGAAACCUUUUGCUAGCGGUCAAUGGACUAAAGUUUAUCGAUGUCAAUCAAAAUCAACUGGGAUUCAAUAUGCUGCCAAAUAUUCUUCCAAAGCUCGCUUCAAUGUUGACUGCAGUACUGAGCUUCAUCACGAAAUUGCUCUUUUAUCUCUUUGCUCCCAGUCACCACGAGUUGUUCAUCUUCAUGAUGUCUACGAGACUUCAAAGGAAAUUAUUUUAGUAAUGGAAUAUGCUCCUGGAGGAGAUCUACAAACAUUGAUUGACGGAGACUUGGUACCAUUGGAGAGCGAUGUUGUGCAUUUUAUUAAACAGCUGGUGGAAGGACUCGCCUACCUCCACGACAGAAAUAUUGCUCAUUUGGAUAUCAAGCCACAAAAUCUGGUGAUGAUGGGCAGCUUUCCAGAAUGCGACAUCAAACUCUGCGACUUUGAAAUAUCCCGAGUAGUACUGGAAGGAAUGGAAGUGCGAGAAAUUCUGGGAACUCCUGAUUACGUUGCUCCAGAAAUUCUUCACUAUGAACCGAUAACAUUAGCAGCUGAUAUGUGGUCUCUUGGAGUAACUACUUACGUCUUACUAACGGGUUUUUCUCCAUUUGGAGGAGAAACUGAUCAGGAAACGUUUCAAAAUAUUUCUACCGGAGAAGUGGACUUUCCAGAAGAGUUAUUUGAAGAUAUUUCUUCGCAGGCUAAAGAUUUUGUAACAAAGCUUCUCGUGCUUGAUCCCAGUGCACGGAUGUCAGCAAAACAAUGUCUACGUCAUGAAUGGCUACGAGAUACCCCAAACCAAGUAUCUCCCCAUCUGCGAAGAUAUUUAUCUAAGUCGCGAGAAGUGCUAUUAGAGCGUGUUGUAAGUAGAGAAAAUCUACGACGUGCAGCUUUGAUGAGUCAAGCCACCAGCCAGAUUAAUUUAUCUGAAGCAGAGGUUGAAAUGCAUGGACUGACUUGUGGUCUUAGUCAAAGUGAAAUGUGUUUGAAUUACAGUAGAACGGGAAGUCCAAGUAAUUUGACAACCAGCAAAUGUUAUUUAAGUCCCGCAGAUUCACAAGCAAGUCUUAAUUCUUCUCAAACAAAUCUUGCAACAAGUCAAGUGAGUCUAGCUCAUAAUCAAGGUUAUUUGCUAGACAAAGAGCAAACUCAAAGUUUGUUGAAUCAAGUACAAAGUCGGUCUCAAGCCAAUCUUACUAAUAUAACUCGUCGUGGACUUCUUUCAAGAAUACGAAGUCUCAAUCAAAUGCAAUCACAAGGUUCUUUACUUGGUGGAAAAAUUUCUCUACAAAAAGAGUUAAAUCCACUUAUUGGCAGUAGGUCUCAAGAAAAACUAUAUGGCCUCAAAUCACUAUCUAAGUCUCAAGAUGUAUUGAAUAUUUAUAGAAGUCUUGAAUCUAUUAAGAAAUCAAAUACAAAUAAAAGCCAUCAAAAAGACGUUGACAACAUUCCGGCUAUUUUUAAACAAUUAAGAGAAGAACAUGUUUGUACCACCAAACCCAUUGAACGUUGCGAAAGUGCUGCAGAAAUAAUUGGAAGGUAUGCUGAUAGAGAGGAGACUAAAAUUACAAACAAAGAAGAAAUAGACAUAGAAGAAAAAAUGAAACGAAAUUUCAAUUUGGAAAAAAGAGAUCUCUUAAUAAUAAAAAAAGAUAAUAAGUCUCAAAACUCUGAAGAAAAUUUAGACAGUCUCCAAUCAAUAGAAUCGGAUACUUUGACUGAAGAUUCAGAUGAAACUUCAUUAAAUAGCAUAAAAUUAUCAGCAAAACAAUCGUCUUCAAGAAAAUACUCUCAUAGUUCAUCACAUUCAAAUAGUUCUGCCAAUUCUGAUGAUAAAGAUGACAAUGUAGAACUGAAAAAUAGUGAGCCGAAAUAUACUGUAGCUCAGUUAGUUUCGGUAUUUAAUAAACAUCAAGAAUCGGCAUCGAAACCUAAUUUUCAGUUGACAGUCUCUGAUGAAAAAGUGGACGGAAUAUCUUCAGCCACACCGAAAUCACCAAGAGUUGGAAGAAAGCAAUCAGAUGGAGGCAUAGAACGCCGGAAUGUACCUCGAAAAAUAAGCCAUAAGCACAUAAAAAAUUGGGAAGAAUUGAGGAAACAGAAUGAAAAAAAUGAAGCAGUUAUCAGAGACUUUAAAGAUGACUGCGAUGGGAAAUCAGAAGAUGAAAAUGACAGAAAUAAAAAUGAUAGUACGUCUGAAAAUGAAUCUAAAGAUUAUAUUCAUCAUAAUUCAUUUCGGGAUUUGUUGUCUGAUCAAUCAGAGCGAUCAAGUUAUCAAAAAGAUUCAAGAGAAAAAUACGAAGCUACAUUAGGAAAUUUAAGUAAAAAUAUUAAUAGAAAUAAAGAUGACUCAGUAAAACCGAUGAUUUCAACGACUGUGACAGAAAGUUUUCCAAAAUUUAAUAGAUAUUCUAGCUACAUAUCUUCAAGCCAGAAAGAAUUAUUACCCAGUUUUAUUUAUCCAAAAUUAUUGCCUCUGAAGGAUGAAAAAGGAGCUCCCCAAAAUAAUGCGGAGCCUAAAAAAUUUUCAAAAAAGAAAACACAGCUUCAAAUAAAUAAAGAUACUACGGUAAACUUGAAAGAUAUUUUGCAAAAGACUGAUAAUAGUCAAUUAAAUCAAAAAAAGAAUUUAGAAAAAUUGAAAAGACAAAUGUCAAUUACUAAAAAUAUUGUCAACGAAAUGUCAGCAGAUGAUUCAAUCGCUAGUGCAGCAUCAAACCGCAUUAAAAGUGAAUCUUCAGAAAUGUUGAUAGAAAAUUGCAACGAAGAUCAGGCCAAAUCGCAAGUGCCUUUAUUAUUUAUGAAAUCAUCACCAGUGACAAAUGAAAAUGGUUUAAAUGUUUUCAACCAACAAUCAGAUGGAGAAAUAAACUUGAAAGGUACCCGACUGCGGGAUGACAAAGAAGAAAGUAAAAUAAUAAAAAAAGGAUUUAGGUUAACUGAACGACAUGAUGAUAAAAAGUCAUCGAUUGCACUUGAAGAAAAACGAACUGGAAACAAAUUAGGUGCUGAAACUUAUAUUAAAGCUAUGGAUAGAAUUAACAGACGUAGUGAAGGAGCAAAAAAAUCAAAUGUGAUUAAUUUAUCAUCAUCGGAGAGGAAUAAGCAAAGAUAUUGUACAUCUUUUAGUGGAAAUUAUUCGUAAAGUAUUGACGUCUUAAUGAUAAAAAUUAUAUUAAAAAUAAUAAUAACAAUUGUAAUCAUCAUUGUGAUAGGAAGAACAGAAAAUCCAUUCAUAAAAGUGAUUGCAAUUUUUGCUAUCAUUUAGCGUCAGAUUUCUGAGUAAAUUUUUAUUAUGAAGACAAGGACAUGCAUUGCAUCAUGAUUUUUUUUUUAAUUUUUCCAAAUUUUUUAGUGUCCAAACGUUUUUUAAAUUAUUUCAGAAAAUUAUCAAUAAAUGUCUUCUUUAAACAAAAUGUUAUAAACAAAAUUUUGAUGUAAUUAAUUUAAAAUCAUCCAUUAAAAUGAGUUGCAGAAUUAGAAAAUUCCGUAACAAUAGAUAAAAGAGACAUAUGCUUCACACGUUAGAAAAAAAUUGAAGAAUUGUUCCGGUGUCUAAUGAUAAAUAAUUACAAUAAAUAGUGCCUAUGCUGAAUGGUGCAUCACAAAUGUUAUUUGAUUAAAUUCAUGAAUAUCACGUCAGUGAAUAUCAAACUAUAAUUUAUGAUAAUUCUAUGGUUCAAUUAAAUUAUAAAUUACACUUCCUUAUUAUACAUUAUUUUUUACAUUUAAGGCUUAAUUACUUGACCAAUUUUUAUUCCUUUUGUAACAAGAGUAAUUAUUAUUAUUAUUAAGUAUGAUUAAAAAGAGUUUAUUUAGUAAACUGAAAGAUCAGCGGUGCCCUAAUUGGUUUUCUAGGAAAUUGUAUUUUUAAUACUCGAUUUUCUUAUUUUUAAUAAAUACAAAUUUUCUAGUUAACUAAUUACUGGAUGCUGGUCAUCCAUAAUUAGAUUAUAAAUAUUUCGAAUAAGAAUAUUACCUUUUUAAUUGCUUUGAUUUUCAUAAUAAAUCAAACUUUAAACAUUUAUAAUGGAGAAGCAUUAAAAAAAAAAUUAAUGAGGAAAGAAAAAUUUCAAAAAAUUUUAUAAAACGUAAAAUAAAACUUAAUUAGAAUAAUUUAAACAUAAAAAUAUCAAAGUCAAAUCAUGUAUAAUCCAAUUUCAGAGAUUAACGCCUACAUAUGACAUUAAUAGAUUUAAAGAUUUUAAAGAAUCAUCAGACACUGGUAAUCAAAAUUUAUCUGACACUACAAUGGCAAGUCUCAAAGAAGCUUAUAUGAAAAUCAAGGUAAUUCGAGAGGCUUUCUAAUUUUGAAACAAAUUUACCGUUUGAUUUUUAUUUCUAAAUUAAGAAUAAUAUAAUUAAGAUUUAACUAGUAAAUAAUUUAUAUUUUACAUGAAUAAAAAGGAAAUUUGAGAUUUAAA